AUGCCAUCUGGAACUCCCAGCAGCUCCCGACGUUCGCGCCCAACGCUCCGUCAGGCUACAUUUGUCCUCCCAAAAACAGGCCAGCGCCUGAAAGGCCUCAUCAACCUCCGAAACUCCACGCCUGACAACAAUGAGGAAAGGCGCGGGCUCCUCACAAACGAGAUCCAACAUUAUGAGGGCUACCUCGACUCCCUCACGCGGCGUAUACGUGAUAAAUGGACGCAGACAAAUCAGUUUGUUAGGUCGGAACCGGGUAUUGGAGUCUUGAAGUACAGUCUUGCGUAUCUGGUCGGAUCUCUGGCAACUUUUAUCCCCGCGGUCUCGGCCAUGCUGGGCCAUCAGGAUGGAAAACACAUGGUGGCUACGGUGACGGUCUACUUUCACCCUGCCAGAUCCCAGGGUGCGAUGUUCAAGGCCUCGAUCUGCGCUUUCCUGGCGUUCUGCUAUUCUACCUUCUUGACUAUUACCAGCAUGUUCGUGGAGAUGUUUUUCCAGGACACAUUGGAAUUGCCUGCCCUUGGUCAUGCUGUGGUCCUGAUAGUAUUCUGUGGCGGUGGGCUUGGCUUUGUCGGUUGGACCAAGCAACGACUGGGAGAUCCUCUGGUGAAUGUUGCCUGUUCACUCACGGCUCUGUCAACAAUCACCCUUUUAACCAAGGAGGGUUCUGUACAAAGCGGUGAUUUGUCUCUUUCCAAGAUCUUCCAAGUCCUAAAGAUGGUCGUGAUGGGCGUGGUGGCUGUCAUGCUUGUAUCCUUUUUGGUCUUCCCCAUAUCAGCGCGUAAAAAGCUGCGCUCAAACCUCGUCACCGUCACCGAUACAUUGGCUAUCAUGAUGGCACUUAUCACAGAAAGCUUCUUGAGCGGAUCUGAGGAAGUGCUUCUCUCGGCUGAAUUCGUUGACGCAGAGGCGAAGCACCGCAAGGCCUACAGCCAGCUCGACAGGCUCGUCCGAGAGGCUAAACUUGAGCACUUUGUGGCAGGCACUGAAAAGGAGUACAGGCUCGAAAAGAAUCUCGUCCGUUGGGUGCAAGAUAUUACCCAUAACAUGGGAGGUUUGCGUAAUGCAGCUUCUCUCCAAUUCAGUUUGAUUCGUGAGACUAUUGCCCAUGACUCUGUGUCUCCGGAAGAUCAGCAAGGUAGCUCGACUCAUGUGGACUAUUUCAUGACCCUGGAGCGGUCCUGGUCAUUUCCCGAAGGGUCCUUUCUGGAGCCUAUUGUUGAGCGACCAGAGGAGGAACUAUCUCCAGUCAGCUCCCAUCAACUUGGAAGUACUGAAUCAACACCCAGACCCACGCUUCUUCCAGCAGAUGUCUUCACUGUAUUCAUCUCUCAUCUUGGCCCUGCAAUGCGAUCGUUGGCUUUCACAUUGAAAGAAAUCUUUAAGGAGAUUCCAUUUGGGCCUGCACCGGACUAUAAGGUCUCAGUGAAUGGUCGACUGCGAAUUAGUCUUGACCGAGCGCUUGAUCUUUACAAAGAAUCUCGCGAGAAGACACUCGCAACCUUGUAUCAACAAAAGGAAACCAUGAAAUUGAAGUCCCGUGAAGCUGAAGCCGAUCUUGAGGAAGUGUCAGCUAGCUGUGGCCAUUUCAGCUUUUCGCUCCUCGAAUUUGGGGAGCAGCUCCGAGAGAUGCUUUCUAUCUUGGAUGAGUUGCAGUUGGAAGUCGAAGAGCGGCCCAAUGGGCGAACCUGGUCGUGGCUUAAAGUUUGGCGGUGGUCGAGAAACGCGGAGGCCGCUAAAAUAGCCUCAUUUGACGAUGAGACAGCUUCCAAUCCAACCGGUACUGGGCAGGACUCCCAUAAACAUGCUAGGCAUGCGUCAGACGGCUUGAUUGCACAUGAUACACUCUCUGUCAAUGUCCAAACACGAAAAGGCCCUUCGGCGAAUGAAACAACAAAGCAAAGGCUCGGUUACCGUUUAUGGAAAUGUCUUGGAUUCUUCCGACGAGAUGAUACGAAAUACGCGAUCAAGGUUGGGGCAGGAGCUGCACUCUAUGCCCUACCUGCUUUUCUUCCUUCAACUCGCCCGUUCUAUGGGCGUUGGCGGGGAGAAUGGGGUCUGCUGUCCUAUAUGCUGGUUUGCUCGAUGACUAUCGGGGCCUCGAAUACGACGGGGUAUGCCCGGUUUCUCGGUACUUGUUUAGGGGCAGUCGCCGCUAUCCUAGCAUGGAAUAUCACCGCUGGAAAUGUAUUUGCUCUUGCAUUCUUGGGAUGGAUAAUGGCUGUCUGGACUGGAUACAUCACUAUUGUUCGUGGGAAUGGACCCAUGGGCCGGUUUAUCAUGCUCACUUACAACCUCUCUGUGCUCUACGGCUAUUCCCUUUCUCGGAAACAAGCAAAUCUGGACGAAGAUGAAGGCGGUUCUCAUCCAAUCAUGGCCGAGAUUGCACUCCAUCGAGUUGUUGCUGUGUUGUCUGGGUGCAUUUGGGGAAUCAUCAUCACUCGAAUGAUUUGGCCCAUCAGCGCAAGAAGUAGGCUCAAGGAGAGCCUAAGUCUUCUCUGGCUGCACCUGAGCCUGGUCUGGAAACGCGAUCCCCUAUCCAUCAUGGCCAAAGGCAAAAAGUCUGUUUUAUACAUGACGCCCCGAGAGAAGCUUGAGAUUGAACGAUUUUUGUCUCGGUUGGAAUCUCUCCAGGCUGCGGCAGGCUCCGAGUUUGAACUGAAGAGUGCAUUCCCUGAAGCCUCAUAUGCCAACAUUGUUCGCCGUACACGCAGCAUGGUGAAUUCUUUCCUUACCAUGAACAUCGAGCUGAUGAAGAAUAAUGUGGCCACUGAAGGUGAAAUCAGCCUUCUUCAAUACACAAAAUCAGAACGGCUGCAGCUAUCUGCUCGGGUGAGCCAUCUAUUAUCAGUGAUUGCUUCUUCGAUGAAACUCGAGUACCCUAUGAGUGAUGUCCUUCCUAGCAUUGAGCAUGCUAGAGACCGAUUGCUUGCUCGCAUCUAUCGCUAUCGCCUGGAUCAUGAAGCAUCUCAACAGACUACCGAUGAGGACUGUGCUUUGCUUUAUGCAUACAUUUUGGUGACAGGCCAAUUAUCGAAUGAAAUCACGGAGAUCAUUGCAGAGAUCGGACAACUGUUUGGGGUAUUAAGUGAAGAUGUAGUGCAGCUAUCUUGA